AUGAUGUCUUUGGAAUAGAAAAGGAAAGUUUGUUAAAAACAUUAGAUGGAGAUUAUAACUAUUGAUUUAAAGUUAUCCACAGGUAAGGAGGAGAAAUACCUUUAUAUAAAGUGUUUAAUAGAGAAGAUUGAUAUUUAAAAUAUGGUUUUGGUGGAUGUAACUAAAAUUAUAAUUAGGGAGAUGAAAAGUGAAUUAUAAUAAUUAUAGACAAUUAAAUUUAAUUAAAACUAAAAAAGAAUAGAAAAAUUUAAAUAAAUUGAAUGCUUGAUUAAAGAAUACAAAUUUUAGGUUUAGAAUGGAAUUUAAUAUAAUAAAUCAACUUCAUUAGAAAAUAUAAUUAAUUGAAAAGGAUUUAGAAGAAUUAGAUUAAAAAUCUAAAAUUUAUAAAUUUGAAGAUGAAGUUGAAAUUCUAUCAUCAAAUUAUAAAGGAAGUUUUAAUUAUGAAAUUCCUAUAGAAUUUGAUAAAUUAGAAGAUGAUAAUCAAUUUUAUGAUUCUCUCUAAUCAAUGUUUUAAUCAUUUACAAAUAAUCACUCAUAUACAUAAGUUAUUGAUAUAUUAUAAUAGAAUCAAAAAAUUGAAAAGUCAAAGGAAAUUAAAGUAUCUAGUAUUUAAAAAGAGAAACAAGUAGAUAAAUCAGUAAUUAUUGUAUAUUAAUAUUUAGAAAACACCAUCUCUCAACAUCAAAUGCAAUAAACAUGGAAAAGAAAUAAUAAUGUUGAAUUUAGAACCAAAUGAAACUUAAAUUUCAAG